AUGGGUUGUUUCUUCAAUUUACAUCGCAAAACCAAGAUUAAGAGAGGGGGAGAUUCGGUGAAGGAACUUAAUCGAAGUAAUAAAUCGGAUCGUAAACCUACCAAUCGAGGGAUUGAAGCACUGGAAACUUUGCCUACGCCCCGGAGUAUACCUGAGUUGUACAAAGAAAAAGAACAUACUCUGAGAGUUUUCACUUUUGAAGAGCUCAAAAUCGCGACUAAUGGGUUCAGCAGGUUGCUUAGGAUUGGAGAAGGUGGAUUUGGGAGCGUAUAUAAGGGGCAGAUUAGGCUUGAAGGUGAUCAGGGAGAGGAAAUUAUAGUUGCUAUCAAGCGACUUAAGUCAAAUAGCUCACAGGUUGAUCCAAACACAGGAGUUUCAAUGUAUGAAUCAGAUGACAUAAUCAAGUAUCUGGUUCAGAACUAUGGUGUGGACUCAUCACAAUUUAUAUGAUCAAUUUGAUCCUACUUUUAUUUUUCUCAUUAUUUCUUAUUGUGUGCUUACUCAAUCCUACUUGAGUCCUAGUCUUCAUCUUGCUUCA